GGAAGGCUGCUGAUGCCAGUGCCUUUGUGUGCUGUGCUGUGAGUGCUGCUUCAGGAAACUGUGAGGGUGCAAUGGGCGAACUGGGAAGCCACGACAUGAUUCAGAGCCUCAGUGAAGAGUGGGAGAGUUCAUUGCCUGAAGUGGUAAAGAUGAAGAAUGCAGUGACCUAUGAUGAUGUGCAUGUCGGCUUCACUUGGGAAGAAUGGACUUUGCUGGAUCAUUCCCAGAAGAAUCUCUACAAAGAUGUGAUGCUAGAAACCUACAGGAACCUCGCUACCAUAGGAUACAGUUGGGAUGACCAUAACAUUGAAGAACACUGUCAAAGUUCUAGAAGACAUGAAAGACAUGAAAGAAGCGAUAAUGCAGAGAAAACUUCUGUAUAUACUCAGUGUGUUAAAGCCUUUGCAUAUGACAGUCAUCUUCAAAGACAUGAAAGAACACAUGCUGGAGAGAAACCCUAUGAAUGUAAUCAGUGUGGUAAAGCAUUUGCUUAUGACAGUGCUCUUCAAAGGCAUAAAAGAACACAUACUGGAGAGAAACCCUAUGAAUGUAAUCAAUGUGGUAAAGCCUAUGGAAGUAACAGUAAUCUUCAAAUGCAUACAAGAACACAUACUGGAGAGAAACCAUAUGAAUGUAAUCAAUGUGAUAAAGCCUUUACAUAUGACAGUCAUCUUCAAAUUCAUAAAAGAACACAUACUGGAGAGAAACCUUAUGAAUGUAAUCAAUGUGGUAAAACCUUUGUACGUCACAGUAAUCUUCAAAUGCAUAAAAGAACACAUACUGGAGAGAAACCGUAUGAAUGUAAUCAUUGUGGCAAAGCCUUUGUACACCAUAGCAAUCUCCAAAUGCAUAAAAGAACACAUACUGGAGAGAAACCCUAUGAAUGUGAUCAGUGUGGUAAAACCUUUGCUCAUCAGAGUAUUCUCCAAAUACAUAAAAGAACACAUACUGGAGAAAAACCCUAUGAAUGUAAUCAAUGUGGUAAAGCCUUUGCUCAUCACAAUGCUCUUCAAAUGCAUACAAGAACACAUACUGGAGAGAAACCCUAUCAAUGUGACCAAUGUUCUAAAGCCUUUGCAAGUUACAGUAAUCUUCAAAUGCAUAAAAGAACACAUACUGGAGAGAAACCCUAUAAGUGUAAUCAAUGUGGUAAAGCCUUUGUACAUCACAGUAAUCUCCAAACUCAUAAAACAACUCAUACCGGAGAGAAACCUUAUGAAUGUGACCAAUGUGGUAAAGCUUUUGCACAUCGCAGUAUUCUCCGAAUACAUAAAAGAACACAUACUGGAGAGAAACCCUAUGAAUGUAGUCAAUGUGGUAAAGCCUAUGCCCAAUAUGGUAGUCUUCAAAUGCAUAAAAGAACACAUACUGGAGAGAAACCUUAUGUAUGUAAUCAUUGUGGUAAAGCCUUUGCUUUUCAAAGUGCUUUUCAAAGGCAUGAAAGAACACAUACUGGAGAGAAACCAUAUGAAUGUAAUCAAUGUGGUAAAGCCUUUGCUCAUCAUAGUGCUCUUCAAAUGCAUACAAGAAUACAUACUGGAGAGAAACCUUAUGAAUGUAGUCAAUGUGGUAAAGCCUUUGCACGUCCCAGUCAUCUUCACUUGCAUAAAAGAACACAUACUGGAGAGAAACCCUAUGAAUGUCAUCAUUGUGGUAAAGCCUUUUUACAUCAUGGUAAUCUCCAAAUACAUAAAAGAACACAUACAGGAGAGAAACCCUAUGAUUGUAAACAAUGUGGUAAAGCCUUUGCACUUCACAAUGCUCUUCAAAUGCAUGAAAGAACACAUACUGGAGAGAAACCCUAUGAAUGUGAUCAAUGUGGUAAAACCUUUACACAGCAUGGGAAUCUUCAAAUGCAUAAAAGAACACAUACUGGAGAGAAACCCUAUGAGUGUAAUCAGUGUGGUAAAGCCUUUAAACUCAGCCGUAGUCUUCGAAAUCAUGGGAAAAUUCAUACUGCAGAGAAACUCUAAAAAUAAUCAUUGUGAUAAAGUUUUGCACUUUAUACAGGAAUAAAACUUUUUGUGCUCAAUCUGCUCAAGCCUUUACAUAUUAAAAUAUUCUUUGAAUACCUGUAAAAAAUACCGGGGUAUUAUUAUUAUAAAGUAUUUGGUAAUGUCUUUAUCCAACACACUUGCAUUCAGUUACACAAAGGUAUUUAUUCUGUAGAAAAAAGUUGGCAGUGUCAACAAUCUGUUCAAUCUUUAUUUUGUCUAUUUUUACAUUGUUUUCCCCUGCAAACUCAUGGAAAAAUGAAUUUAUCAAUUUAUGAAGCCUUAUUUGUACAGUAAAAGGCCAGCCAAAGAAAUGCACCCUGAUCCUGAAACCAGAGCCAGUGAAAGACACACACUUUGGCCCUGAAACCAGAGCCAAAAGAACAUACUCUAGCUCUGAACAACUAACUGAGCAUGAAACCAACAAAUCCCUGAUCAGGAAAACCAACCAAUGCUUGAGCAGAAAACAACCAAUCACUAAGCUGAAAUCUGGCCAAUCUCUGAGCUUAUUCAAGCUCAGGGAUUGAAAAUCAACCAAUUCCCACCCCGAAAACCUUAUCCUAAUAAAAACUAAGCCCCUAAGAAGUCCCAUGUAAACCCCUCAGCCUGUUCAGUUUGGAGCUGCCCUUUUCCACUCUGACAGAGGCAUCCACUCUCCUGGAUUUUUCACUCCCAAAUAAAUCUCUUGAAUGAGUUUUGGGUGAAGACCUUUUACCAGAGCUGAGCAGAAACUUUUCCAGGAACUCCCUAUUGGAGUGGAGCAGAGAAGCAAUGGACACUUCUGCUAGGAAACUCCAUUAUGGGAGUGGGGCAGAAGUAGCAACUUGUCACCAGAGUGGGAGCAGACUGCCUCAUUUCUGCAAGGGUUUCCCCCUUAGUAGAAUGAAGUAGAGAAUUACCAACUUGGUCUGAAGCUGAGAAGAAAUGGAUAUCUCUGCUGGGAAACUCUCUUAACAGGGUGGAGCAGGGUUGCCACAUCCUGAAGGGGGACCAUCCCACACUGGAACACAGAACCUGAUAGUAUAAUUGAAAAGGCCUCCCACUCAAGCAUGAUAAACCUCAGCUAGCAAUGGCAGACACUGAAACAAAAUUCACAGAUUGCCCAUUUUGAGUAUCAGAUCCGAGUGACCUGUGAUAUCCACUGCUAUGACUUCCAUUGCAAUAAGUUCUGUCAGCCUAGAGAUGACUCUUGGACAUUAUGCCUGUGACCAGAAUGGCAACAAAAACCUGCCAGGAGACUGGAUGGGUCCAGAGUGUAACAAAGAGCCAUGGGAGGGCUGACUUGAGGCUGAAGAAAGAUUCGAGGCAGCUAGUAAACUAAGAGCAUGUUGUCCUGGAGUUGUUUCUUCCUGCUUUCUGAAAGGUGUUUUGCAAGAAGCCUGAACAGGAUUUGCCCUCUACAGACAUGCCUGGUUGCAGUUGACUGUGGCAUCUAACAUCAUCUUUGUCCAAGACCAAGCAGAAACCCACCUACAGUGACUCUGUAAAGAAGGCUGUUCUGGAAAGAUUUGGUUAAUGGCUAUCCUGGCUAUGCAGGUGAUCACUGUGAAAGAGACAUUGAUAAAUGUGCUAGCAACCCCUGCUUGAAUGGGGGUCACUGUCGGAAUGAAAUCAACAGAUUCCAGUGUCUGUGCCGCACGGGUUUCUCUGGCAACCUCUGUCAGCUGGACAUUGAUUACUGCCAGCCCAACCCUUGCCAGAAUGGUGCCCAAUGCUACAAUCGUGCCAGUGACUACUUCUGCAAGUGCCCUGAAGACUAUGAGGGCAAGAACUGCUCACACCUGAAAGACCAUUGUCGCAUGACCCCCUGUGAAGAUUUCCUGGUUCCGCUGCUGAGCUCUGUCGGAACAGUGGCUUGGGUCUGUUGCUUGGUGACAGCCUUGUACUGGUGUGUACAGAAGUGGCAGAAGCUCAACAGCCACGCUUGAUCUGCCUCCAAAGACAGCGCCUCCAACAAUGUGUGGGAACAGCUGAACCAGAUCAAAAAUCGCAUUGGAAAUGCUUUUCUUCCUUAAUGUUUCUUGCCAAGGUUCCCCGGUGUAACUCUUGGUGUGUUGGAAAUUGUUCUGUAAAUCAGGGCGUCCUCAUUCAUGCACCAUCCAGGAAAGUGUGGGAGACAUUCUGGCCUUAAGUUCCAGCCCUAUGAAGGCACUGUGGCCAUUUCCCGUUAUUGCUGCUUAUCUUCAUGCUCAAUGUCUUUUCAUUUCUUUUUAAAUCUGAUUCAUUUUACAUGUGGGUCGGUUAUGUGGAGAAAGAGAUUUUACUAUUCUGACAAUUUCCUCUAGGUAAAUCAUUAUCCUUUAUCCUUCAACCACUGCACUUAGCUUUUCACACUUAGUGGAUAUUUCACAAGGAAUUUUCUUCUGGUGUUUAUGCCAGUCUUUUGUUCCUGGGUUUUUCCUCCAGGAAUUUUUUUCAAGGGAAUUUCUUUAAUACUAUUCACUGGGCUUUUUGUUCUAAAUUUUCCCUUUAGACUUUGCUUCUGCCUCUUGUACCUAGAUUUUUCUUAUGGAGUCUCUCCAUGAAAACUGGGAAGUCUUCAUUGUCUGGCUCACCAAAUCUCUUUGUACAAGUAAGUGUACUGCAGUCCUCUCAGAGCCUGGCACCAUCUGUGCCCUAGAAGAUGAAGAGGAGGACAUGAUACAAUAAAGAAAAGGCUCCUCAUUACUGCUCUUAAAAAUAAAUACAUGAAGCUGGGGGUGGUGGCACACGUCUUUAA